AUGGCCGCUGGAAAGAAGCGCGUCUUAGACGAAGCGUCGGGCACUCCCAAGGCCAAGAAAACGAAGACAGAGGAGCAAAGCAAGAAAUCAAAGGAUAAGGCCGAGAAGCCGACUCAGCCAGUCUCUUUCCUCGUGUCAGACGACAUUGACUUCCCUCGAGGCGGAGGCACCACUUUAACUCCCUUAGAGGUGAAGACCCUCCGUGCUGAGGCUGCAAAGGAAGUGGACAAGGAAUUGUUUGCGGCUACAACAGAGAAGUCUGUCAAACGCAAGAGAAAGUCAGAGGCGAGGGGUUCCUCCAAUAGUGCUGCAAAAGAUGGCAAGGAAAAAGCAGGGAUCCGUAUAGAGCAUCUCAACUACAAAACUUUACAUUUGACACGAUUGCAGCGCGUUGUAGUAGGAAUGAAGAUCCUAGGUCAAGUCGUAGCCGUGGAACCUCUCGCUCUGAUCGUAUCUCUGCCGAACCAACUCUUCGCUCACGUCCCCAUCACACAUAUUUCGACUCAGCUUACACAUACCCUGGAGAGCAUGGAGGACGUGGAGAUGGGUAAUUCUGACGACGAGGACGAGGACUCAUCGCCAUCUGGCGUACCAGACCUCUUCGAGAUCUUCCGACCCGGCCAGUACGUCCGUGCCGUAGUCACCGCAGUCCACCCGCCUGGAACGACGGACGUAUCCGGUCUGGGCCGCGCGCGCGAUGAGGUGCAGAAGGCGAGCAGAAGGGUGGAGUUGAAUUUGGUCCCAGAGAAAGUGAACGAGGGUGUGGUGAAGAGCGACCUCCGAACGGGUUUUACUAUGUCCGCCGCUGUGAAGAGCAUCGAGGACCACGGCUACAUACUUGACCUUGGCAUGUCUGAUGUGUCUGGAUUCUUGUCGUUCAAGGACGCGCAGAAAGGAUCAUGGGGUACAGAGAAGAAGUUGCACAUUGGCCAACUGCUGGACGUUGCCGUAGUCAAGAUGUCCGGUAAUGGACGAACUUGCAAUGUGUCCGUGGAUCCGAAGACCAUAUCGACUGCGUCUAUUACGGAGGUCAGCAAUGUCUCGUCAAUCGUCCCUGGUGCCCUUGUCCAGUCUCUGGUCACGGCAGUGCAAUCCGAUGGCCUCGUUCUGCAAGUACUGGGCUACUUUGACGGAACGAUAGACCAGUUUCACCUUGUACCCGGUCAGCCCGAAGUGCAUUACCAAGUAGGGCAGAAGGUCAAGGCCAGAAUCCUCUACGACAUCAACCCCUCUACGCCUCCGCGCUUUGCACUUUCCUUAGCCGAUCAUGUCGUUAGGUUCACUACGAAGUCACCUAGCGCUGAUGCUGCUACGACCGACUUGAGGAACGCAUACCCGAUUGGCACCAUCCUUGAAGCUGUGAAGGUGGCUAGGGUGGAAAGCGAGCGAGGUCUUGUUGUGAACGUGGGCUCUGGCAUCGAGGGUUUCAUCCACAUAUCACAAACAUCAGACGAGCAUGUUCCUACUCUCUCGGCAUCGUCUGGUGCGUGGAAGCUCGGAAUGGUUCAUCGGGCUCGCGUGACGGGUUACUACCCUUUGGAUGGCAUCCUCCAGCUUUCCCUACGAGCGUCCGUACUAGGACAGAAGUUCCUGCAGGUUGCGGAUGUACAAGUCGGGGAGGUCAUCAAGGGGACGGUCAAGAAGCUCACCGACUCUGCGCUCUUCGUUUCGAUCUCCGGUAACGUCGACGGCGUGAUCUGGCCCAACCACUACGCAGAUAUCGCACUUAAGCAUCCCCAAAAGCGCUUCAAACCUGGUAGUAGUCUCAAGUGUAGAGUCCUUGUUGUUGAUCCCGAGCGCAAGCGCGUCGCCUUGACUGCGAAGAAGACGUUGGUCGAGUCCACACUACCUACCAUUACCCAAUUCAGUGAUGCGCAAGUUGGGGUCUUAACACAUGCGGUUGUGUUCAAGGUGUCAGACAAGAGCUUGCAGGUAGAGUUGUAUAAUAACCUGAAGGCGACCGUACCAGCGCGUGAGGCAAGCGAAACCACUGUUCCAUCGCUCUCGUCUGCAUUCCCAAUUGGCAAGCCCGUACAGGUCCGUAUCACUGCCGUAGACCCAGAGACCUCUCGCAUCACAGCUAGCAUCCGGCAAGCAUCGCCCAACUAUAAGUCGGCCAUUACCGACAUCAGUGGAGUGGACAUCGGCGACAUCGUCGAAGGAGUCAUCUCCGACGUCCGCAAGGAUAAGGCCGUCGUCGCUCUGCAGCCUACACAGGUCACCGCACUGUUGUCUCUGAACAAUCUCGCCAACCGUCGUGAAGUGUCUGUUGCCCAGCUGCGGUCGACACUGAAAACGGGCGAUAAGCUUCAGGACCUGGUCGUAACUUCGCGGAAUCCGGAGAAAGGCUUCGUCUUGGUUGCGAUGAAGCCCAAGGAGAAGGAACAGCUCGUACAGAAGAAUCAGCUGUCCAUCGACACUGUACAGCCCGGCCAGCUUGUCGGUGGACGUGUCCUGCGUCACGCCCGCCAUGGCGCGCUCGUCAAGAUCACCAAAGCGAUUUCUGGUAUCCUUCACCCCACUGAUGCGUGCGACGACUAUGAGAACGGGAAGCCCUUCCCUCCCGUGGACUCGGUCCUCAAGGCGGUUGUGAUCUCAAUCGACAAGGAAAGGCGACAGCUCUCCUUGACUACGCGGAUGUCUCGCCUCUUCCCUGGCCAGGACAAGCCCAUCGUCGACCGUGAGAUCACAAAUAUCAGUGAUCUCAAGGUGGGCGAGACAAUCCGCGGCUUCAUCAAGAGCGUCGCGGAGCAUGGCCUCUUUGUCACUUUGGGUCGGGACAUCGACGCUCGUGUACAGAUCAGGGAGCUGUUCGAUGACUAUGUCAAGGACUGGAAGAGCCGCUUCUCAGCGAAUCAGCUGGUCAAAGGCCGAGUCCUGAGUGUCAACAUCGAGAAGAAGCAGGUCGAGCUCUCUUUCCGCUCCGGAGAUCUCAAGCGCGACAAUCAACCUCAACUCACAUUGUCGGACCUCAGCGAGGGUCAGAAGGUCGACGGUCGUGUGAAGAAGGUCGAGGACUAUGGCAUCUUCAUCGCCAUCGAGGGCUCGAAGCUCAGUGGACUAUGCCACAAAUCCGAACUCUCCGACAACAAGGAUGCUGAUGUUACGCUCGCCCUUCGCAGCUUCCGCGAAGGGGACAAGGUCAAGGCCGUCAUCCUCUCCAUCGACCAAGAGAAGCGUCGCAUAUCGUUCGGUCUCAAGCCGUCCUACUUCGAGGAAAGGGAUUUUGAGCAAGACGAGUCUGAGGACGAAGAGGAAAGAGAGUCUCGGUCGUCCUCCGCUCUCGGCGUCGUCGAGGAUGACGAUGACGAUGACGAUGACGAUGACGAUGGGGGCGUGGGCGAGGACGAGGAAGAGGACGACGAGGACGACGAGGCAGACGAGGCAGACGAGGCAGACGACGAAGCCGGAAGGAUGGAUGUCGACCUUACUCUCGACCUGCAGAAGCCUUCAGGAAGCUCCUCGGCCCCUUCAACGAGCGGGCCAAAGGAAUCUCUCCGCCUCAAUGGCGGAUUCCAGUGGGCCGCUCCUGGUCCUUCUGAGGAUGUCGAGAUGGGCUCCGACCAGGAUAGCGACGAGGACGUCCAGCAGGAAGGGAAGAAGAAAAAGAAGAAGCGCAAGGAGAUCGAGCAGGACUUGACCGCGGACAUGCACACCAGGGCUCCCGAGUCCAACUCCGAUUUCGAGCGUUUGCUUCUUGGCUCUCCGAACUCAUCCUACCUUUGGGUCCGGUACAUCGCGUUCCAAUUGCAGAUCUCGGAGAUUGACAAGGCGCGUGAGAUCGCAAAGCGUGCGCUGAAAACGAUCAACUUCCGCGAGGAGCAGGAGAAGUUGAACGUCUGGAUCGCGCUGCUGAACUUGGAGAAUGUCUACGGGACGGAGGAGUCGCUCGAAGCAACAUUCAAAGAUGCCGCCCGUCACAACGACUCCAAGACAAUCCACCUCCGUAUGGCGGAGAUUUUCGAGCAGAGCGACAAGCUGGAAAAAGCCGAGGAGCAGUACAAGAAGACCUGCAAGAAGUUCUCCCAGAGCUCGAAGGUUUGGUCACUCUUUGGAGAGCACUACCUCAAGCGUGGUAUGCUUGAGGAAGCGCGGAAGCUCCUCCCUCGCAGCCUCCAGAGUUUAGAGAAGCGUAAACACCUGAAGACUAUCUGUAAAUUUGCACAGCUGGAGUACAAGCUUGGUGACCCGGAGCGAGGGAAGACCAUCUUCGAGGGCAUUGUCGACUCGCACCCCAGGCGAUGGGAUAUGUGGUCAAUAUACAUGGAUAUGGAGGCUGGCCAGGGAGAUAUCAAUAGUCUCAGGAACCUCUUUAACCGCGUCUUGACCCUUAAAAUGACAAGUCACAAAGCGAAGUCAUUCUUCAAGAAGUGGCUUGAACUUGAACGUCGACUCGGCGACGAGGAAGGAGCCCACGCGGUCAAGACAAAAGCGAUCGAAUGGACACAACGUGCGGCCGGUACUUCCGGAGAGUCGUAG